UUCAAAUGGAGUCUGGACUUCCUGUCUGCCUCUCUGUCUUCAUCGGGAUAAUACUAAUCACAUCAACAGUUUCAUCACUUAAUCUUGAAGCAGAGUUGUUUCAAGAUUUGAUGAAAGACUAUAACAAAAAUGUCCGCCCCAUGGAGAACAGCGGAGAUGUUACCAAAGUGCACAUCAAGAUGACCCUGACAAAUCUCAUUUCUCUGAAUGAAAAAGAGGAGGCCUUAACGACAAGUGUGUGGAUAGAAAUGCAGUGGUGUGACUAUCGGCUGAGGUGGGACCAGAUGCCCAGGUCAGCUCUGUAUGGAAAUAUAACAUCUCCAUUAAGAGUGCCAUCUCAAAGCAUAUGGUUGCCCGACAUCAUCCUGGAAAACAAUGUGGACGGGCAGUUUGAAGUGGCUCUAUACUGCAAUGCACUGGUCUCUCCUGAUGGUUGUGUCUACUGGCUACCUCCUGCUAUUUACCGUAGUGCAUGCACCAUCAUCGUCAACUACUUUCCUUUUGACUGGCAGAACUGCACUAUGGUGUUCCGUUCCCAGACGUACAGUGCAAACGAGAUUGAGAUUGUUCUGAAAGAAGAGGACAACUACACUUUAGAGUGGGUGGACAUCGACCCGGAGGCUUUUACAGAAAAUGGCGAGUGGGUGAUUAAACAUAGACCUGCAAAGAAGCUGAUCAACCCACAGUACACUAAAGAUGACCUGGAGUACCAAGAGGUGGUCUUCUUUCUCAUCAUUCAGAGAAAACCACUUUUCUAUAUCAUCAACAUCAUCGCUCCCUGUGUGCUUUUCUCCUCUCUCGGGCUGCUGGUUUACUAUUUACCAGCUAAAGCCGGGGGUCAGAAGUGCUUCAUGUCCAUUGCGACUCUCCUGGGACAAACUGUUUUCGUGUGCCUGAUCGCUAAAAAGGUUCCAGAGACGUCCCAAGCUGUCCCUCUUAUUGGAAAAUAUUUGAUGUUUGUGAUGUCAGUGACAACUACAGUAGUGAUGAACUGUGUGAUAGUCCUAAAUGUCUCCCAAAGAACCCCAAACACUCACAAAAUGACAGACAAAGUGCGAAAGGUGAGACUGUGGCCAAAGCAAGCCAUUUUAUCCUCCUCAACACUUUGCCUCGUCUAUUAAGGAUGCAGAUGCAGCCUUGGAUGCCAGAACAGGCUAUGAUUUCUGAAACAGGGAACGGUCACGCAGCAGACAACAACAGUUCAUACAUGCCUCACUGUCGACGCCGCAGCUCAA